GGAGCUUCAGUUUGUGCUUAACGUUCUAGCAGCAGGUUGGAAAGCCAAGUUCGAGACCCAUAAAAGGAUAUAGUAUAGUCGUAUAGUUAGUAUGCAUUCUAUUAUUGGAUUAUUGUGCCUGCUGGCCUUAGGAGUCAGUGCAGCGCCUACGGAUAAAGAUUACUUUGCUGAUUUGCCAAAAUGCUCAACGGAAGAGGAUCAGCUGGGGGAGUGUGUCAAGGAGCUUUUUAAUACAUUGACGCCCCGUCUCAAGGACGGUAAUCCCGAGCUAAGGAUCGAACCCUACGAACCCCUCCGCUUCAACCGAACUAGUUUCCAGUACACUAGUGGCACGGUCAAUGGUCGGAUAACUGUUCGCAAUGCCAAGAUCUACGGAUUCGCCGCCAAUCGAGCCAAAGAAGUCUCUGCCAAACUUAAUGGCGACAAGGUCAAAUUCCGUUUCGUCACCCAAAUGCCAAAAUUGAACAUUGUUGGGAGUUAUAAGGCCGAUCUGCAAGUGAAUCAGCUGCAAUUAAAGCCCAAGGGUGAAUUCAACUUAACGUUGUAUGAUGUUGAGACCAAAACUAUUACUGAUGGCGAAAUCUACGAGAAGGAUGGCCAUCGGUAUUUCCGCCUCACGAAUCUGGAUGCAAAUCCCAAACCGAGGGAUAUGGAAAUCAAGGCCAAUGGAAUAUUUGAAGAUCCAGAACUGGAUAAAGUUGCUAUGAAUGUGGCUAAUCAGUAUUGGCGCGAUAUCUACGGAAUAUUACUGCCGGAGACCCGAAAGUUUUGGCAGCCCCUCAUGCUGAGAAUGUUCAACGAGGCAUUCGAACUGGUUCCCAUCGACCAGUUUCUCAAGGAGUAGCUCGCUUAGCUACUGAUUAUUGUUUAUAGAAAAUAAAUUGCUGCUAUUAAAUGUUAA